GUGGCUUUGGGGGCUUAAGCCCGGGUAGUUUUUUCAAAAGCCCCGGAUAUUUUUUUUUUAGUUAGAUGCCUUACAAACUGCAUAAAACAAAACCAACUACACACCAUACUCGACACAACGCACACAGUGCACAGUUGUAACUUACCCCUUACCCCUAACUAACCCCUAAUUUUGGUAUGAUCCGAAUCCGGGCGCGCCACUUGAGUGUUUGUGCACGGCGCGCGCACGUAGGGCAGAGACGCUGCUUAAACAAACAAACCGGUGACCUGCUGAAUGAGUCGGAUAGAGGAGCGCUCUACUUCCAAAGUACUACUACAGUACAGCGGUUCUGUACUGAUAUGAAAACAACCAACCAUGGACAUCAGGGUUUUCUUUCAAAGAAAAAACACAGCACAAAGAGAGAGGAACAUAGAGGGAGACAAAGAGAGUGAGCAGAAUGAGAACAGCAGCACAGAGACGGAACAAGAUCCAGAUAGGUCAGGAGAAGUCAGGGGAGAGAGAGAACACCAAAACACAGCAGCAUUACAGCAAGAAGCAGCAGGUCGAAUGACAGGAAGUUAUCCAGGGACAGCUGAAAGGGUACAAAAUGAGACAAGGGAAGAACAGGAAUUACUGCAAGGAGCAGCAGGUGGAAUAGCAGGAAAUGACUUAGGAACUGCAGAAAGUGGUCCAAGACAAACUCUACUCCAACAGUAUCCACUCAGCCAGUUUGGAGGCCAACAGAGAGCUUUUAAUAGCAAUUGGUUCCAACAAUUUAAAUGGCUAGAGUAUUCUGUAGCAAGGAACUUGGCUUUCUGCUUUUCAUGUCGUCUUUUUGGGAAGCAGAACACUAUAAAAAAAGAUGGCCUCAGUCGUUCAGGGUUCUCUAACUGGAAAAGGGCUUUGGAUACAUUUAGGGAGCACGAAACAAGUUCCACCCAUGCAUCAUCAAUGAUAUGCUGGCAUAGCUUCAAAACCACCAAAAAACAAGGUGAUGUGCUUGAGCAGCUUAGAUCAGCAAAUGCAGCAGAGAUCUCAGACAGACGCCAGUACCUCCACAGGAUCUUAGCUGUAACAAGCUUCCUUGGCAAACAAGGAAUACCAUUCCGUGGCCAUGUUGAGCAGGAGUCCAGCCAUAAUCAGGGAAACUUCCUUGAGUGCAUGAAGCUCCUAAAAAAAUUUGAUCCUUUUUUGCAAAAUCACACACCUCCCUCACAUACCACUUAUCUUUCUCAUUUUGCACAAGAUGAGAUGAUCACUAGUAUUUCACAUGAAAUAACAGGAAACAUAGUUAAAGAGAUGAAGGAAGCAAAGAUAUAUUCUGUUAUGGCUGAUGAGGCUAGAGAUGGGCACACAGAACAGCUAGCUGUUUGUGUACGCUUUGUGUCAGGUGAAGGCCAUAUCAAAGAGUGUUUUCUUGGUUUACGGAAACUUGAAAGGUUUGAUGCACAGUGCAUUACAGACACAAUUGAGGAGCUAUUGCAGUAUUACACACUCAAUGACUUACUUUGUGUUGCUCAAUCUUAUGACGGGGCAUCUGUCAUGAGUGGCGCGGUGGGCGGUGUGCAGGCCCGUUUUAGACAGCGACACCCUGAAGCAGUAUACAUUCACUGCUAUGCACAUGAGCUUAACCUUGUCCUUUGCCAUACAUGUAAAGCUAUCCCUGCUGCUUCUGACUUCUUUGGACUUUUGGAAAAUGUGUACACAUUUUUCAACACCUCUCUGGUAAACCACACAAGGUUUAAAGAAUUGCAAAAGGACCUUGGACUGGUUCCUUCUGAGCUUGUUCAGCUUUCUAACACAAGAUGGGCCUGCCAAGUAAAAUCAGUUACAGCCCUUCUUAACAACAUUUCUGCUGUUUUAGCGACUCUCGAGGCCACAAAUACCCCUAUUGCAAAAGGGAUCUUGUCCAAACUGUCAAAGCCCAAGACUGUGUAUAUGUUGAUUAUGUUCUCACAGGUACUUGGCGUCACUGAAGGCCUGCACCGCUACCUGCAGGGAGAAAGGCUAGACAUGGGCAAAGCUGUGGAGUACAAGAUGUCAGUAGUUGAUACACUCACAAAUCUGCGCACAGAGGCUGCUGCUGAGGAAAUAUUCAAGAAGGCCAUGGAUGUUUGCAGGGACUGCAACAUCCAGAUUCCUCAGGGACCGCGGCACAAGCAGAGGAGACUCGAUGGCUUUGUGGUGGAGUCCAGCUGUGGCGCAACACCAAGUCUCACAAGCUCAGCAGAGUUUAGGUGUGAGAUAUUCUUUCCUUGUCUUGACCGAAUGUUGAAGGAACUAGCAGACAGAUUUUCAGGGGCAGGACAGAAAAUAAUGGAGGGGAUUCAGGCCUGCAAUCCAUCUUCCCCAACAUUCCUCUCUGAAGAUGCCUUAAAACCCAUUGCAGCCCACUACCAUGUGACCAUAAAGCCCGAAGAACUCCUUGUGGCAAAAAACUUCAUAAAAAGAAAAAUGGAAAAAGAGGACAUUCACAACAUUACAACAGCCUUCCACUUGCUGGAUGAGGACAUGUUUCCAACUCUGAAGGCCAUCUUUAGAAUUGCGUUAACCAUUCCUGUCAGUAGCUGCAGCUGUGAGCGUUCUUUUAGUGCCCUGCGUCGUCUCCACACAUGGCUAAGGAGAACCAUGGGACAAGAGAGGCUGAAUGAUUUGGCCAUAUUAUCUAUUGAAAAGGAAUACCUUAAUAACAUUGAACCUGAAAAUGUCAUUGAUAGGUUCGCAACACUCAAGCCUCGAAGAUACAGUCUUAUAUUGCCAAAGUAAAUGGUUUUGUCAGUGUAGUGCAGGUCAAGAUCUAUGAUGAUGUUCAGUGCUACUAUUGUAUUGUUUUUAUUCUGGUUUUGUCUUGGUUUAGUCCUCAAUUGUCCUGAUUUUAAACUGUUUUGGUUCUGGUUUAUAUCUGGUUUAAUCCUGUAUCAGUCUGGGUUUUGGACCUGGUUUUUGUUCUGUUUUAUAGGAAAUUUUGUACUGGUUUAGUCAUGGUGUAGUAUGGAUAAAUCCUGGUUUAGUCCUGAUGUAGUGUAGUGCUGCAUAAAUCCUGAGUUAGUCCUGGUGCAGUAUGGAUGAAUCUUGAUUUAGUCCUGGUGUAGUGCAAAAUUUGCCCUGAUACAGCCCUAUUUUGUUUGUUUGUUUGCUUUUUUUGUAGUUCUGCAUUGUUGUUUAAUGCCAGUUCAGUGGUUUUAUCCUGGAUUGAAGUACUUACUGUGUAAAUGUUAAAAGUUACAUACAUUUUGAAAAAUGU